AUGGGAAUCCAAACCCACGUAGAGGAUCUCGAGCCGGUCAGCUGGGCCUUGAUGGCCCUAGCUAUCCUCUUGGUCAUCGUCAGAUUAACCAUCCGCUACACCGCCACACGUCAACUCCGCACUGAGGACAUCAUGGUCGGCGUGGCUCUGUUGAUGGAUAUAGGGGCAACUGUGUCAUUAGCGCUGGCCGUACAACUGGGUGGACUUGGAAAGCAUCGAGCCGGCUUGACGGAGAAGCAAAAUGAUGCCAGAACCAAGGCCAACUACGCCCAACACCUUCUUUACAUCGCCGUCAUAGCCACUGCCAAAAUCUCGAUGACUGUCUUCUUCCGGCGGCUCGCCGUCAAGAAAAUCCACCAUCGCGUAAUCUGGGCCCUCGCCAUCAUCAUCGCCCUCUGGGCCAUCAGCUCCGAGUUCAUUGUGGCCUUCCAAUGUCCGAUGCCGCAUCCCUGGGACCCCACAGCCUACCCCGCCGGCUCCUGCCUGCCGGAGAAGAUCUGGCUCUACGUGACUGUCGUAGACUGCCUGACUGAGGCCAUGAUAAUGGCUCUGCCUUUCUGGAUCAUCUAUAACGUGCGCAUACCGCGUCGAAAGAAAUGGCUGAUACAGACCCUGUUCGCCUUCCGCAUCGUCGUCAUCGCCGCCAGCAUAACCCGCUACGUCGCAUCCCAAGCCCGGGCUACAUCCUCGACGACGACGUCAGUGAGCCGACAUCAGCAUCGCACCGCAGUAACGACGACGAAAGCAGCAACCGCAGCCGCCCCUUUCGACACCUCGUACGACCAGACCGGCUACUGGCUGUGGACGGACCUGCACAGCACCAUCGCCAUCAUCGCCGCCUGCAUUCCAGCGCUCAAGCCCUUCCUCGAGUGGUCCGCCGGCCGCAUCGCUGGGAACAUCUCCUCCGCCUCCGCCUCGCUUCCGGCGUCGUACGGGUUCCAACGCUCGGCGCGGGCCGGCGGGUACGUUUGCAGUUGCAGCAGCGAUAAGAAGAAGAAGAAGAAGGCGUAUCCGCUGAGGGCGAUGAUGUCGUCGGGCGGGAGGGAUGGUGGUGACGACGACGAUAUCGAGAGGGCUGCUGCUGUUGCUGACGGCGGCAGCAGCAGGCGGCCGACGGUAGUGGAUGUGAGGGAGAGCAGCACUGAGAGUAUAGCGGAGACGGAGGCGAGCGAGGCGGGGAUCAUCGAUGGGCGGACGAAGAAGAAGACGGAGUGGGAGGUGAUGGGCUACUACGGCAAUAGCGGUAUGGCACCGAGAGAGUCGGCAGACGAUGCGCGUAGGGAAAGAGGUGUGAGCGCUUUGUAG